UACACUAAUUACAACCAAGGACGCUGGAGAUGCGAUUACUCUGCUUCAAUCAAUGACUGGCUCAACGUUUGAUAGCAGCCAGCUCGUCUUCACUGCUUGCAUGGGUUACCAAGAUGUAAACGAAUGUAGGUUGCAGGAGUUAAGAAGCAAGCACAGGCCAGCUGUGAUGGCUGCAUUUGAGGAAAGAUUAAAGGGGCUUCAAGCUUGGAGGGAUUCGAAAGACCUCCUCGCAAGCAAAUUAUAUAAUUCUAAGCAAGAUCCAAAAUCAGUUUUGUUAAAUUUCAGCAAAGCCUCGCUGUCUCGUUCUGAAUCAGGAUCCAGCAGUAACGCAGACGAUGUCUUGAUUUGCCUGACUGGGGAUGGAGAGAUUGAUUAUUUUCAAGACCUUCAAGGACAGGUUCUUCGGUUGAAGGGUGAACUCUGCAAUUUGGUUGAGGAGAAACGAUCUGCUUUACUGAG